AUGCAGCAUGUUUGUGAGACGUGUCUCCUAGACGGAGACUCUACAAAUGCAGCCAGACGAUAUACGCCGAAAUGCGGACAACGAUGCCGUGACGAGCGUUUGUCCUCUGAAGACGAUCGACUUCUCGCGAUGAAUGGUGACGGUCCACCAAAUGAGAGUUCCUCAGCAGAUGAGGAAGGUGAUGAGAACGAUCAGGAUGGCGUUUGUUACCCGUGCGAUUCCGGUGCACGUGUCUGUCGAAAUGGUGUGCGCAAAAGCUCAAGUGCUCAUGCAAAACUUAGUUGCGGUAUCUCCUCGAAGAAGCGUUCCAUGCCGAAGUCUCGUCCGAAACCGAAGAAUAGCUUUUCAGACAAGGUAGUUCCGGCAUUUUUUCGGUUUUUCAAUUGCUACUGCGCAAUAAAUCCGAAGAAAUAA